AUAUACUCUCACCUGCGUAUUAAACGGAACAAACAUGGUAAUCGGUUUCGAUGAGAAAAAAUGUGUAACAACGUGUGAAAAGUGUGAACGCGAUGGAUAAAAGGAUUUUCGCUUUUGAUCAUAAUAAGCGCGAGACAAGAAGUGAUUAUACAAUAAUAAAACUACGUCAUUGAAAUUUGUUGUCGAUUCCUUCGAAUAGAAUUGAACUGUCUUUAAUCUCAGUGCAAAUGACUCGUACAUUGGAAAUACGUUUCUUAUCUUCUUUUAAGAUCGGAGUGAUAAACGUAUUCUCUCUGACAGUAGCUUUAAAAUAAUGUGUGAUGCGAGAGGAAGAUCAGGAAGCCAAAUUGGACAUGCAAAAAAUGUGAUGCAUUAAUAAUACAAUCAUCCUAAAGUCAGAGUAAUUGUCGCAAAGAGUUAAUUGGCGGAACAUGCUCGUCUGUUGCUCGUCUGCUGGCAUUUUCGUGAAGUGAUAAGUCAUGCCCGGAGAACCAUCAGCGACAACUGGAAAUAAAUCCAGUGGUAAGGCAAAGAGGAUAUCCAUACCUCGUGUGCAAAGCAGUACCGAUACAGAGCUACAGUCGCAACAGAGCGGUUCGACUCCCUUGCAACCCACUGCAUUGCACUAUGUCAGUUUUCGUUCCGAAUUAGAGGACAGCUCGAUCCCCCCAGCUUUGCGAUGUCGCUUAUAUGAUCUCUUUCAACAAAUCGAAAAGGAAUUUGAAAUGUUGUAUACUGAAAAUCUUGGAUUACAAGAGAAGGUUGACAUCCUAAAUGAAAAACUCGAAAGGGAAUGCUAUGGAUCAGGUGAACGCAGUUUACCUCCUGGAGAUCUUACAGAUUAUCCAGAAACAAAAAAUCUUUCCAAACAGAAAUCAGUGGGCGUAAACUCGGCGCAAAAGAUCAAAACUUCUCACAAAUUAAAAGCUCAGACUAGUAAAAUAGUAUCGAGCUUUAAAACUCCAUCCAUGACUUGCACUAUGCAAAGAGAAUAUGUGGGCCAUCGAGAUGGUGUAUGGGAGAUAUCCGUGAGCAGAUCGGCACAACCUAUCAUAGCAACUGCUUCUACCGACCGCACAGCACGUAUAUGGGCGAUAGACAGCGGCCGAUGUUUAUUACAAUAUAUCGGUCACAAUGGAUCUGUGAAUUCAGUACGAUUCCAUCCAACUCGAGAACUGGCAUUAUCGGCGAGUGGCGACGGUUCCGCUCACGUGUGGCAGGCGGCCGUGGAUUGGGACAUGCCGAAAAGAGUACAGUCAUUAGAGGAACUUCCAGUGGCUGGCUCCGAACGAUCCGCUACGAAUAAUCUAAUUAGUAAUAAUGACGAGCAGGAGGAGCCCCCGACUCUGAGAACACCAAUACGAGAACUCCUGGGUCAUUCGAGCGUCGUUAUGGCUGCAGAUUGGCUCUCCGGAGCCGAACAAUUGGUCACAGCCUCUUGGGAUAGAACGGCGAAUCUGUAUGACACGGAGACCGGAGAAAUUAUACACACGCUGUGCGGACACGAUCAGGAAUUGACUCACGUGUCGACUCAUCACACUCAAAGAUUGUGCGUUACAUCCAGCAGGGACAACACGUUCCGAUUAUGGGAUUUUAGAGAACCGAUACAUUCGGUCUCGGUGUUUCAAGGUCAUACAGAAACAGUAACAUCUGCAGUCUUCACAAGGGAAGAUAAAAUUGUAUCUAGUUCGGAUGAUAGAAGUGUUAAAGUAUGGGAACUACGUAAUAUACGCAGUCCGUUAGCAACAAUACGUGGGGAUAGCGCUGCUAACAGACUAUCAGUUUCUAGUACUGGUGUAGUGGCAAUACCACAUGAUAAUAGACAGAUACGUUUAUUUGACUUAAGUGGCCAACGUUUAGCAAGAUUACCUAGAACUAGUAGACAGGGUCAUCGUAGAAUGGUAUGUUCUGUCGCCUGGUUGGAAGAUAAUAAUGUAUGUAAUUUAUUUUCCUGUGGUUUUGAUAGACUAGUAUUAGGUUGGAGUGUUCUUCCCGUCAAAGAUGCUUAAACAUCAAAAACUAUACGAUUUUAUAUCAGACUCUUUAUGUCAUGUUAAUGUAAUAUUGGGAAUAUUUAGGUGCAAUUUAGGAAUGGAAGUACAUAUGUAACUAUACAGUAAAAAUCCAGCAAUUAAUCCAAUCAAAGAGCCUCCUUUCCACUCUUGCAAACAACUGCAAUAAAUAACCAAAAAAUAUAUAUAUAUUAUAUGUAUUAUAUCUAAAUAAUUUAUCAGAGAUAAAUUAUAAAUAGAAUGUGUGAUUUUAAAGUUGCAAUAAAAGCUGUGAACAUA